CCAAAUAUAGAGGGUGAUUUCUGCUGCUCUGGCGUAUCUGAAUAAAAGGGAACUUCAUGCUGUGUUAAGGAGACUGUCACUUGUGGUCACCCACGGUCAGUGUUGUUUUCCAGUUUUGGGGCAUCAUGAGCAGCGAUGCAGAAAUGGCCCAAUAUGGGCCAGCUGCAGUCUAUCUCCGCAAACCCGAGAAGGAGCGAAUUGAAGCUCAGAAUCGGCCUUUUGAUGCCAAGACAGCCUGUUUUGUUCCUGAUGCCAAGGAGCUGUACAUUAAAGGCGUCAUUCAAAAAAGAGAAGGAGGCAAGGCUACAGUUCAGACUGAGACUGGGGAGACUGUGACAGUGAAGGAUGAGGAAUGUCACCCGAUGAAUCCACCCAAGUAUGAUAAAAUUGAGGACAUGGCCAUGAUGACCCACCUCAACGAGCCCUCGGUGCUGUUUAACCUCAAAGAUCGUUACGCGGCGUGGAUGAUUUAUACCUACUCUGGGCUCUUCUGUGUCACUGUGAAUCCUUACAAGUGGCUGCCGGUGUAUAACUCAGAGGUGGUGGCGGCUUACAGGGGCAAAAAGCGCAUGGAGGCGCCACCUCACAUCUUCUCUGUGUCUGACAAUGCAUAUCAGAAUAUGCUUACAGACCGUGAGAAUCAGUCUGUCCUGAUUACUGGAGAAUCUGGCGCAGGAAAGACUGUGAACACCAAACGUGUCAUUCAGUACUUUGCAACAAUCGCGGUGUCUGGAGAAAAGAAGAAAGAGGCUGUGCAAGGAAAAAUGCGGGGGACGCUGGAAGAUCAAAUUAUUUCAGCCAACCCUCUGCUUGAAGCUUUUGGGAAUGCCAAAACUGUGAGGAAUGACAACUCCUCACGCUUUGGUAAAUUCAUACGAAUCCACUUUGGAACGACUGGAAAACUCGCCUCCGCUGAUAUUGAAACAUAUUUGCUGGAGAAGUCCAGGGUGACGUUUCAGCUGUCUGAUGAGAGGAGUUACCACAUUUUCUAUCAGGUCACCACAGGCCAUAAGCCAGAGCUGAUAGACAUGCUCCUUGUCACAACCAAUCCCUAUGAUUUUCCCAUGAUCAGUCAAGGCCAGAUCUCAGUGGCCAGCAUUAAUGAUAAGGAGGAGCUGGAGGCCACAGAUUCAGCCAUUGACAUCCUGGGCUUCACCACUGAAGAGAAAGGCAGCAUUUAUAAGAUGACAGGUGCAGUGAUGCAUUAUGGGAACAUGAAGUUUAAACAGAAGCAGCGUGAAGAACAGGCUGAACCCGACGGCACUGAAGUGGCUGAUAAAGUCGCAUACCUGAUGGGUCUAAACUCUGCGGACUUGUUGAAAGCUCUUUGUUAUCCCAGAGUGAAAGUUGGGAAUGAGUACGUCACUAAAGGGCAGACUGUUCAACAGGUCAUGAAUUCAGUGAUGGCAUUAGCGAAGUCCGUCUAUGAGAAGAUGUUCUUGUGGAUGGUUGUCCGAAUCAACCAGAUGUUGGACACCAAGCAGCCUCGCGCCUUCUUCAUCGGAGUACUUGACAUUGCUGGAUUUGAAAUUUUUGAUUUCAAUAGCCUGGAGCAGCUGUGCAUCAACUUCACCAAUGAAAAACUGCAACAGUUUUUCAACCAUCACAUGUUUGUGCUUGAACAAGAAGAGUACAAAAAGGAAGGAAUAGAUUGGGAGUUCAUAGACUUCGGAAUGGAUCUGGCCGCCUGUAUUGAGCUUAUUGAGAAGCCAAUGGGAAUCUUUUCAAUCCUUGAGGAGGAAUGCAUGUUUCCAAAAGCAACUGACACCUCAUUCAAGAACAAGCUGCAUGAUCAGCAUCUGGGCAAGAACAAUGCUUUCCAAAAGCCCAAGCCAACCAAAGGCAAGGUUGAGGCUCACUUCUCCUUAGUGCACUAUGCUGGCACCGUCGACUACAACAUCUCCGGCUGGCUGGACAAAAACAAGGACCCGUUAAACGAGUCUGUUGUUCAGUUAUACCAGAAGUCAUCCGUCAAGUUGCUGGCUCACCUAUAUGCCUCCUUUGCCUCUGCCGAAGCAGAGGCCAGUAAUGGAGGAGCAGGCGGAAAAAAAGCAGCCAAGAAGAAAGGAGGCUCUUUCCAGACGGUCUCAGCUGUUUUCAGAGAAAACCUGGGCAAGCUAAUGACCAACUUACGAAGCACACAUCCUCACUUUGUGCGUUGUCUGAUCCCCAAUGAGGUGAAAACACCAGGGAUAAUGGACAACCAUCUGGUAAUCCACCAGUUACGCUGUAAUGGCGUACUGGAAGGUAUCAGGAUUUGUAGGAAAGGUUUUCCAAGCAGAAUCCUUUAUGCUGACUUCAAGCAGAGGUACAGAAUCCUUAAUGCCAGUGCGAUCCCUGAAGGACAGUUCAUCGAUGGAAAGAAGGCUUCUGAGAAGCUCUUGGGAUCAAUUGAUAUUGAUCACACACAGUAUAAGUUUGGCCACACGAAGGUGUUUUUCAAAGCUGGCCUACUGGGGACGUUAGAGGAAAUGCGAGAUGAAAAAUUGGCAUCGCUGGUUUCAUGCAUUCAGUCCUUAUGCCGAGGAUAUGUAAUGAGGAAAGAGUUCGAAAAGAUGUAUGCUCAAAAAGAUGCAAUUUACACUUUGCAAUACAACCUCCGUGCAUUUAUGAAUGUAAAACACUGGCCGUGGAUGAAGCUGUUCUAUAAGAUAAAGCCACUCUUGAAGAGUGCCGAAACGGAGAAAGAGAUGGCCACCAUGAAGGAAGACUUUCUGAAGUGCAAAGAGGACCUUGCUAAAGCCGAGGCCAAAUGCAAAGAGCUGGAAGAGAAAAUGGUCUCUCUGAUACAGGAGAAGAAUGACCUUCUUUUACAAGUCCAAGCUGACAGUGAGAAUCUCAUAGAUGCUGAAGAGAGGUGUGAAGGGCUGAUAAAAAGCAAACUCCAGCUAGAAGCCAAGCUGAAAGAGCUGACUGAAAGACUGGAUGAUGAAGAAGAAAUCAAUUCAGAGCUGACAGCAAAGAAAAGGAAACUAGAGGAUGAAUGCUCUGAGCUGAAGAAAGACAUUGAUGAUCUGGAGCUCACCUUGUCUAAAGUGGAGAAGGAAAAGCAUGCAACUGAGAAUAAGGUUAAAAACCUUACAGAGGAAAUAUCUAGCCAAGAUGCAAAUCUUGCAAAGCUAACCAAGGAAAAGAAAGCCCUCCAAGAGGCACACCAACAAGUUAUUGAGGAUCUCCAGGUUGAGGAGGACAAAGUCAAUACUCUGACCAAAGCCAAAACCAAGCUUGAACAACAAGUGGAUGAUCUUGAAGGUUCCCUUGAGCAAGAGAAGAAGACACGAAUGGACCUUGAGAGGGCCAAGAGGAAGCUGGAAGGGGAUGUGAAAAUAUCUCAGGAGUCCAUCAUGGACCUGGAGAAUGACAAGCAACAACUGCAAGAGAAACUCAAAAAAAAAGACUUUGAGAUCAGCCAGUUGUUAAGCAAAAUAGAGGACGAGCAAUCAAUGGGUACCCAGCUUCACAAGAAGAUAAAAGAGCUCCAUGCUCGCACUGAGGAAUUAGAAGAAGAAAUGGAGGUUGAGCGUGCAGCUCGGGCCAAGGUGGAUAAGCAGAGAGCAGAUCUCUCCAGGGAACUUGAGGAGAUCAGUGAGAGGCUGGAGGAAGCUGGUGGUGCCACUGCAACUCAAGUCGAGAUGAACAAGAAACAAGAGAUUGAAUUUCUGAAGCUGCGGCGUAGUCUCGAAGAGGUAAACCUACAGCACGAGGCCACAGCGGCAACUCUACGCAAGAAACAUGCCGACAGCAUGGCAGAGCUCGGAGAACAAAUCGACAAUCUCCAGCGAAUCAAGCAAAAACUGGAAAAAGAGAAGAGUGAAUGCAAGAUGGAGAUUGACGAUCUAGCAGGCAACAUGACGGCCAUAUCAAAAGCCAAGGUUAAUCUGGAGAAGAUGUGCCACAAUCUUGAAGACCAGCUGUCUGAAGUGAAUAGCAAGAAUGAAGAGAACAUACGUCAAAUCAAUGACCUCAGCUCCCAGAAAGCUCGCCUCCAAAGUGAAAAUGGUGAGUAUUCUAGACAAAUUGAAGAGAAGGAUAGUCUCAUUUCACAGUUGGUACGGGCCAAACAGGGCUUCACUCAACAAAUCGAUCAACUGAAGCGACAACUUGAGGAGGAGUCAAAGGCUAAGAUUGCUCUAGCCCAUGGAUUACAGUCAGCACGCCAUGACUGUGAUCUCCUGAGGGAGCAGUUUGAAGAAGAACAGGAAGCCAAGGCUGAGCUACAACGAGGGAUGUCUAAAGCCAGCGGUGAAGUAACUCAAUGGAGAACCAAAUAUGAGUCUGAUGCCAUUCACCGCACUGAGGAACUUGAGGAGGCCAAGAAAAAGCUUGCUCAGCGACUUCAAGAAGCAGAGGAGCAAACAGAAGCAGCAAAUGCAAAGUGUGCUUCACUGGAGAAAACCAAGCAGAGACUACAGAGUGAGAUCGAGGACCUUAUGACAGAUUUGGAAAGGGCAAAUAGCUCAGCAGUCAAUUUAGACAAGAAGCAGAGGAAUUUUGACAAGGUUCUGGUUGAAUGGAAGCAAAAGUAUGAGGAGUCACAGGCAGAGCUGGAAAGUGCUCAGAAAGAGUCUCGAUCAUUGAGCACUGAGCUCUAUAAAUUAAAAAACUCCUAUGUGGAGAGCUUGGACCAUCUGGAAACUCUUAAGCGAGAGAAAAUUAAUUUGCAGCAGGAAAUCACAGAUCUCACUGAGCAGAUAGGUGAGACUGGAAAAAGCAUCCAUGAACUGGAGAAGUCCAGAAAGCAAAUGGAGACGGAGAAAACUGAGAUGCAGUGUACACUAGAGGAGGCAGAGGCAUCCCUGGAACAUGAGGAAUCUAAGAUCCUCCGCGUACAACUAGAGUUCAACCAGCUUAAGGCUGACAUGGAAAGAAAGCUGGUCGAAAAGGAUGAAGAGAUUGCCCAGCUGAAGAGAAACGCCCAGAGAGUCACAGACUCCAUGCAAAACACUCUGGAUGCUGAGGUGAAAAGCAGGAAUGAAGCCCUGAGAGUCAAGAAGAAGAUGGAAGGAGAUCUCAAUGAGAUGGAAAUACAGUUGAGUCACGCCAAUCGCAUGGCUGCGGAUGCCCAGAAACAGCUACGAAACCUUCAAGGACAACUCAAGGAUAUUCAGCUUCACUUUGACGAUUCUGUCAGAGAACACGAGGACAUGAAGGAACAGCUAGCAAUGUCUGAACGCAAGAGCUUGCUGAUGCAGGCUGAGAUUGAAGAACUGAGAGUUGCUGUGGAACAGACUGAGAAGAGCCGGAAAAUCGCUGAGCAGGAGCUUACAGAUGCCAGUGAACGGGUGGGACUCCUGCACGCCCAGAACACUAGCCUUUUGCACACCAAGAAGAAGCUUGAAGCUGAUAUUUCCCAGCUCCAGAGUGAAGUGGAGGACUCUGCCCAAGAGUCAAGGAAUGCUGAGGAAAGGGCUAAGAAAGCAAUAACUGAUGCUGCAAUGAUGUCAGAAGAGCUCAAGAAAGAGCAGGACACCAGUGCACACCUGGAACGAAUGAGGAAGAACCUGGAGGCCACAAUCAAAGACCUGCAGAAUCGUUUGGAUGAAGCAGAAAACGUAGCAAUGAAGGGUGGGAAGAAACAACUCCAAAAACUGGAAUCCAGGGUCCGCGAACUGGAGAAUGAACUGGAUGCUGAGCAAAAGCGUGGAGCUGAUGCUACCAAAGGCGUUCGUAAAUAUGAAAGAAAAGUGAAGGAGCUUACAUUCCAGUCUGAGGAGGACAAGAAGACAGUUAACAGACUUCAGGAUCUGGUAAAUAAACUUCAGAUAAAAGUCAAGGCCUACAAGAAACAAGCAGAGGAUGCUGAGGAACAAGCCAAUGUCCAUCUAGCACGGUGGAGGAAGGCCCAGCAUGAGCUUGAACAGGCUGAGGAGAGAGCAGACAUGGCUGAGUCUCAGGUCAACAAGAUGCGAGCGAAGAACCGGGAUCUGGGAGCAAAGGGGCAAGAAAACCGAAUGGAGUAAAGGAUUCAUAGUCCAUGUGUCUUCACUUAAAAUGUAGUAAUGAAAGCAGCAUGUCUGUAAGAGUUGUAGGUCACUAGUGACAAUUUUUCUGAGUACUUUCAUCAAGCUAAGCCAUUUAAUGCUAACAUGGCUGAAAGUGAAAGCAAAAAGAGUUUGAUCUAUGGGAUAUAAACAUUAUAUAGGAUUGUAUUUCAUAACAAUGCAAAUCAAAAAAUAAUUAUUACACCUAAACCUACCCCUCACACAAAACUUUCUGCAGUUUUAGAUUUUCAAAAAACUUAAUUCUGUAUGACUUAAUUCCUCAUGGGGACAAAAAUGUCCAUCUUUGUAGGGAUAUUUUGUCCUCAUAAUGUAUACCUGAACCACACACACACACACAAACAAACACACACACACACGUUGUGUUUCCAUGUUUUAUGGGGACAUUCCAUAGGCAUAAUGGUUUUCAUGCUGUACAAACUGUAUUUUCUAUCGCCCUACACAUAAACCUAGCCCUCACAGGAGACUGUGCACACUUUUACUUUCUCAAAGAAACUCAUUCUGCAUGAUUUAUAAGGCUUUUUUCUUCGUGGGGACCUAAAAAAAGUCCCCACAAGGUCAAAAUUUACUGGUAUUACUAUCCUUGUGGGAACAUUUGGUCCCCAUAGUGUGAUAAAUACCAGGUACACACACACACACACACACACACACACACACACACACACAGAUUGAAUAAAAACUUUAAGUGAACUGCUUAUUCCAUUGAUGCACUGCAAAUCACAGUCAGGUAAUCAGAAUAUAACAAUUUUAAAAAUAUUGGUAGUAUAAUUUUAUUGAUUAAGUGUAAAAUACCAUAGGCAUAUGUUUAUUGCAAAAUACAUUUAUGAAUGUGAGUUGUUUAAAAAUAGAGGGAUAUUGACUUCAUCAUUCACAGUGCUUUGUGGGAGUAGGUGUUUACUGCUGCUUCUUUUGGUGCUAUUUCUGUUUCCAUGAGAACAGCAACCUCUCUGAUUGGUGGAUCUCUUGGGAUUGUGGGUAGUGUAGUUUUUCAGAUGGAAAGGCUCAAUUAAACUUCGAUCAUGUUUUAUUUAACCAGCGUGUUAGAUUAUAAGAAUAAAAAAAUGAGCAUAAUCUAAUGUUUUUGCCUAUUAAUUUCAGCCCUCUUUCAUUGUAUUAUAUUUUACAAUUAUUUCAUAAUUUAAACUGAUAUACUAGUCUGCAGUAAAUAUUUGCACUCAAAGAAAAUGUAUUGCAUGAUGUUUAUUUACUAACUUUUGGAGGUAAUUUGACAGUUUUGAUUAUUUAAAAUGCAUGCAAGUCUACUAGACUUACAAUACCCUUAAUAUUAUAUAGUACAUACUGACUGUACAUCAUGACAUAAAAAUUAUUAUAAAAUCAAACACCUGGCAAACAAUUAUAUUUGUCUUCAGUUAUCACCAGUACUCAUUUUCUUGCCCUUUAUGUUGCUUGUGUUGAUGUAGAUACAAGUCUAGGCAGUAGAUGCUUGCACUUUUUAAAAUAAUUCAGUAAAUAAUUAAAAGGAGCAGUCAAAAUUUUUGACAUGAAAUUCGGAUUCACAUUUACAAUGUUUUAAUGGUUACUUUGCAGAGCGGUAUUAGGCAUAAACAAAUUUGUAUUAUCAUUCACAAACAUACUAAAAAAAGUGUUCUUUAUUAUGCAACCCAGAUUUUUUGCACUUGCAGUUCUUGCACAUAUUAAACAGAUUACAGAAAGGUAAAAAUGCUGAGCUGAGUUUUUUUAUAUCCACAUGGAGAGGAAAACUCUUUUUCAGUAACCCACUUUGGAUCUUGACCUCUAUAGGGACUGUGUUUGAGACUUGGGAAAAUGGCUAUAUUUAUCAUGACAUCUGAUGGUUCUGCCACACAUAUUUUACUCGGGGUUGAAAUCUAAUGAGUCUUUUUACAACAAUAAAACAACAUCAAAACAUUUCACAUUUAUGUCUUUGUUAAGAGCUGCUGAUGUGUUUUUUUUUUGAAGAGCUUUCUCUUUGGAAUACCUUAGAAAUGUUCUGACCAGGAAAACACACAAUGUCUAUUACUGCACAUGAGUAAUGCUACAACUCUGUUGUGUCGUUUUGAAUAAUUCUUUUAGACCUAUAUACAUUAUAAAUACUGCACAUCAAAUCUCAAGAAUGUUUAAUAUUAGUUACCAUUAAAGUAGGUUCACGUUACCUUUUUAUAUCCCAAAUGUUGAUGAUUUUUGUGUCCCAACUUGUAUGAAGUGCCAUCUAUAUCAAUAAAGUGAAGCAAUUUU